GGGAAGUAUCACCCAGAAGGACAGCAAAAGAGGAUAAAGAACCAAACAACAAUGUUGAGGUUUGCUGUCAUCCUCUUUGCUGUCAUAAUGUCAUCCACCUGCCAAAAAUAUGGAUGCCUGGAAGGGGACACCCACAAACUGAAGCCGAGUCCUGAGCCAAAUAUGCAUGAAUGCACUCUGUACUCUAAAUCUUCCUGUUGCUAUGCAGACUUCACAGUGCAAUUGGCUCGUUCCCCAGUAAUUAAAAUAAGCAACAGCUACUGGAACAGAUGUGGGCAGCUCAGUAAACCCUGUGAAGAUUUCAUGAAGAAAAUUGAGUGCUUUUACCGGUGUUCUCCAUAUGCUGCUCACUGGAUCCAUCCCAGCUACACUGCUGCUCUUCAGUCUGUUCCACUGUGUCAAAACUUUUGUGAUGACUGGUAUGAAGCCUGCAAAGAUGAUUCCACAUGUGUUCGUAACUGGCUGACAGACUGGGAACGGGAUCGAAGUGGCGAAAACCGCUGUAGGAAUAAAUGUAUUCCGUACAGUGAGAUGUACACAAAUGGGACUGACAUGUGCCAGAAUAUUUGGGGGAAGUCAUUUAAGGUGAGCAAAUUCUCCUGCCUCUGCUUGCAAAUGAACAAGAAGGACAUGGUAGCAGCCAAGUAUCUCCCCUCCAAGAGCUCAGAGGAAAGCUCCAGCAGCAGCUCCAGCAGCAGCUCCAGCAGCAGCAGCAGCAACAGCAAGGAGCGUGCCUGCCAAAAGAAACUCCUGAAGUUCAAGAAACUAAAGGGAGAGGAAGAGGAAUAG